AUGUCCACCUACCAAGACCCAUCCAACACGCGCGACGCCCUCCUCGCCGCUCUCCAGGAACAGACAGACCUGCUGAACGCGCACCCCGAAGAGGCAGAUAUCAUCACCAAGGCCAUGGAUGAUAUCAAAGAGCAGCUUGCAGCCUUGGAGCAGGAGGAAGCCCAGGAUCCCCAGGCCGGUCUAUCCCCGAUCCUCGAGACGUUUACUAGUCCCCAGCUGCAGACUGACGGAUUCUCGUGCCCCCCGACCCCAGGCGGAUACGCCAACGACAGCGACACUGACACGAAUGGCAGCGACGAUGGCGAGGACGAGCUGAAUGAUCAUCUUCGCGAGAGAUUCUGCAACCAUGAGUGCGACCAUGAGUCGUGCCGACUUGCCAACGAACAUUGGUAUGGUUGCGAGUCCCAAGUUCACGGUGAUUGUGAUUGCGAGGAUGCUGAGACCGAUGCUGACCUCGUUUGUUAA